AUGAAUGGAACCGAGGGUCCGGAUUUCUACAUACCCAUGUCCAACCACACGGGCAUAGUGCGCAGCCCCUUCGAGUACCCGCAGUACUACCUGGCGGAGCCCUGGCAGUUCUCCAUGCUGGCUGCCUACAUGUUCCUGCUCAUCAUGCUCGGCUUCCCCAUCAACUUCCUCACGCUCUACGUCACCGUGCAGCAUAAGAAGCUACGCACGCCCCUCAACUACAUCCUGCUCAACUUGGCCAUAGCCAACCUCUUCAUGGUCUUGUGCGGCUUCACCACCACCCUGUACACCUCCCUGCAUGGCUACUUCGUCUUCGGGCCCACGGGAUGCAAUGUGGAGGGCUUCUUUGCAACACUGGGAGGUGAGAUUGCCCUGUGGUCCCUGGUGGUCCUGGCCAUUGAGCGAUAUGUGGUGGUGUGCAAACCUAUGAGCAACUUCCGCUUCGGCGAGAACCACGCCAUCAUGGGCGUCGCCUUCACCUGGAUCAUGGCCCUGGCUUGUGCUGCACCACCCCUCAUGGGCUGGUCCAGGUAUAUCCCUGAGGGCAUGCAGUGCUCGUGUGGGAUCGACUACUACACACUCAAGCCCGAGAUCAACAACGAGUCCUUCGUCAUCUACAUGUUCGUUGUCCACUUCACCAUCCCUCUGGUCGUCAUCUUCUUCUGCUAUGGGCAGCUGGUCUUCACAGUCAAGGAGGCUGCAGCCCAGCAGCAGGAGUCGGCCACCACCCAGAAGGCUGAGAAGGAGGUCACCCGCAUGGUCAUCAUCAUGGUCAUUGCAUUCCUGAUCUGCUGGGUGCCCUAUGCCAGUGUGGCAUGCUAUAUCUUCACCCACCAGGGCUCCAACUUUGGGCCCAUCUUCAUGACCAUCCCGGCAUUCUUUGCCAAGAGCUCUGCCAUCUACAACCCUGUCAUCUACAUCAUGAUGAACAAGCAGUUCCGAAACUGCAUGCUCACCACCAUCUGCUGCGGCAAGAACCCACUGGGUGAUGACGACGCCUCUGUCACAGCCUCCAAGACGGAGACCAGCCAGGUGGCUCCAGCCUAAGCCCUGCCAAGGACUCUACAGCCUACUGUAGGA